AUGGCAAUCUCUUUCAAAAAGUUGGAUCAGAUCUUGAAAAAUGCAUGGGUAUUGUAUUCACUAAAACAUCAAGAAAAAAUUAUUGACAAUUUAAUACGUUGUGAUAAAGCUUCAAUUUUUGCAAAACCAAGUGAAGAUGAUAAAAGCUAUGUUCCACCAAACCAAAAUCAAAGAGAACUUAUUAAGGAAAUGAUUAAUAGUCUUUCAUAUGUUUCAUUGCCAGAUAAUUUAUUUCAAUUUCAUCUCAUUCACAAUUUAUUGGAUUUUCAUUUAUGGUAG